AUGGAGCCUUCAAGCCACGCAGCUUCUGACGGCGCUCAAGAAUUGAACUCGGGGAAGACUGGCUCAGGCCGAAGAGAUAAAUACAUGAUGCAUCUUCCAUCUACUCUUCGUACUACCGUAUCGCCUCCGAGAAGCCGAAGGACUCUAGAACCCAAUCGCAGGGGAAAGGAACGCGGACUGUCCAUAUCUGAUGGCGAUAACAAUGCCUCAAACUCGCCAACGGAAACUCGAGAUCUAUCGUUGGCCGCAAUCGAAGCCGGCGAAGUUCAAGUCAGCGAUCAUCUUUCUAUUUUCUCCUCUCGUCUUUCGAAAGCAACUCGACCAAUUCAGCCGGGGAUUCCUCGACUGUCUCACUCAGAAUGGGUAAACAUUUACUUGAGAAAUCAACACCCAAAGGGCCAUCACUUUGUUAUCCAUCAACAUGAUCAUCCAGUUGCUGGCCCACAUUAUGAUUUGAGGCUGCAGAUUUCAGAGAGUAGUUCUGUCAGCUGGGCAAUUAUGUAUGGUCUUCCUGGAGAUCCAAAUAGUCGGAGAUUAAACCGAAAUGCCACGGAGACGAGGGUGCAUUGCCUGUGGAAUCACCUCAUCGAGACAGCUUCACCGGCAACAGGAAGUAUGAUUAUCUGGGAUACUGGCGAGUACUCUGUUUUACCGUAUCACCCUCAAAUCAAAGAGCCAGAAACAGAGGACUCUGUAUCAGACAUAUCGGAGCCUUCCUCAAAACCAGAUCAAGAGCUCUCGGAGAACGAGAAACUACGACAGGCAUUCCAGAAUCGCAAGAUUCGCCUACGUCUCCAUGGGGCGCGUCUCCCGCCUGAUUACACCAUCACUAUGCGUCUCACAACACAGGAUAAUGUCGUCUCUGGGCCAGCGAAAACUCCGCGCAAACGCAGGAGACGCACAGCACCAUCACUUCGCCGGGAGCCUUCUAGCACCCCAUCACGAAGUCCGUCCCCUUCUCCGGAUUAUCAUCAUCGCAGAACGUCCUCUGCUGCGGCUGUUCAUGUAUCAAAGUCAUUUUCGACAGAUACAUCAAAGAAUGAACACAGAACGGACGAGGCUGGCUCUGCAUCAGCGUCGGAUGAGGAAGACAUCGAUGAAAUGACUCGCCUCACAAAUGCCUACCCUGGAGCGGUGAAUUCUGUCGGAUCCAUACAUCAGCGCAGAUGGUUCAUCACGCUCGACAGAUUAAAUUCCGGUUUUGAGCCUUCUACCAUGGGUUCUGAAUCUGGGAGAAAGUCCUGGACACGGAAACGCACUCAUGAUGAUAAUGGGGGGCUCCUUGGGUUUGAACCAUUCUACGUUCGUGGGCCAGAAGUUGAGAGAAGCGUCGUGACUGGACGACUAGCAAAAGAAGUUCUAGAAGACGAAGGCGUCGAGGGAUUUUCUCGAAGGCGAGGGUGGAAGCCCGUGCUGGAAUAA